AUGUACACCGCCAUCAAGGCCAUUAGCCUCAUCGCCGCCGCCGGCCUGGUCGCGGCAGCCGCCUCCCCACGAGGGCUGGCUAAAAACUUCCACGUUCGCCAGGGCCACCCAAUCCUGACCACUCGCGACACCCCAACCACGGCCGGUUCACCGGCCGUUGGUGUCACCGCCACCGCGACUGCUGAUGUUGCAGCAGCUGCGGCCACCGCCAAUACGCUCUCGCCGACCUCCAACGUCGAGGGCAAGGCUUUCAACCGCAUCCUGCAGAUCUACCUCGAAACUACCGCCUAUGAACACGCCAUCAACAAUACAGACUGCCAAGCCCUGAUCAACCAGGGCAUCCUCCUGACCAACCAUUACGGAGUGGCCGCGCCGUCGCAACCCAACUACGUGGCGCCCGCCUCUGGCGACUACUAUGGCACCGACAGUGACAGCUUCCUCCUGGUCGACAGGAACGUCUCCACCAUUGUGGACCUUCUCGAGGACAAGAACAUCAGCUGGGGCGACUACAACGAGGGCCUUCCCUUUACGGGAUAUGACGGGUUCGAGUACAGCAACCCCGUCGAGGGCAACUACGCCCGCAAGCACAACCUUUUGCUCCGCUUCGGGUCCGUCUUUCAGAACCCAGACCGGCUGGCCAAGGUCAAGAACUUGACAAUGUUCUACGAGGAUUUGAACAAAAAGCAGCUUCCCCAGUGGGGCUUUGUCACGCCUAACUUGUACAACAACGGCCACGACACCAACAUUUCCGUGUCCUGCAACUGGACCCGCUCCUUUAUCGAGCCCCUGCUGCAGAACACAUACUUUAACGACGGCAAGACAGUCAUAUAUCUGACGUGGCAAGCGGAUGGCGAUGACGCCACAGACAGAAACCACGUCGCCGGCAUCCUCCUCGGCAGCGCCAUCGACAAGGACUUGGUCGGCACCAAGGACGACGCCUUUUACAACCACUACUCGGAGCUCUCCUCCGUCCAAGCCAACUGGGGCCUGCACACGCUCGGGCGCUGGGACGUCGGCGCCAACGUGUGGAGCUGGGUCGGUCGCAAGACCGGCGACGCGAUCCGAUCGUGGAACAACGAGAUCGCCGGCGACACCUUCGAGUCGUACUACUGGAACCAGUCGUACGGCGGCGUCUUCUCCAGCGCAAACACCUCUCUGCACGUUUACCCGGCCCCGAACCUGGAGCUGGUGCAGAACGGCCGCACCGUGCUCCCCGCCAUCGCCGACGCCUGGAAGGGCGAGUGCGGCAGCUUCCCCAGCCGGAAUGCCGACGACGGCGAUCACGGUGGUGAGUGGCGCGGCGGGCGCUUCGUCAACCGCCGCUCUGACGAGGCCGAGAUGGCCUGCGAUGGCGGCGAUGGCCAGGACGGCGACUACGAUAACAGCGGUGCUGACGCCUGGGACGGCGCCGACCACUCGGGAGACCACGGCGGUGGCAGCAGCACCGACGCCAACGGCGGCUGCCUUCCGGACUACUACCGCAACAUCAUUGAGAUUCCUGACGCGGCCCAUCCUCCCCAGGGCUUCCAGGUUCCUCUGCCGCUGACCCCUCCGGAGCCGAUCCAGACCCCCAUCACCAUAUAUGCCGUUGACCAGGAGUAG